UUUCCCGGAUCAUUGAAGCUCUGUAGUGGUCAUUAUUCUCUGAUUUCUUUUCACUCCAACGUAAAAUGUCUUACUUUGUCGCCGCUCUCAUCUGCUGAAUAUGUUUUUAUAGCUUUUAUUUUGGAGAGACACGGACAGGAAGUGGCCACAAGUAAGGCAACACCGGAGCGACAAUGAUGACACGAAUUUCUUUUCCAUAUUUGCCGUAAUUACCGAAAGCGACGCUAUUGCUUCAGUGUUACAGGUAUUUAUAAAGCGGUAUGGUUGUGUUUGGGUUAUUAAUAUGAAUCAAAUGAUCCCGUUUAGCAACGUCACGAUGAUGUUAACGGGGGCUAACGUUAGCUUGCUAGCUGUUGGGAAAACCUGAAAUGGCUCACAAUUGCCGUGUUACAUUUCAUUUCAUCUAGUCUAAGUGGGAAUUGUGAGAUGAAAAAAAAUGAAUUGCUUAUCUACUCAAAUACACUGGUUUCGUUUUGGGAUUGGUUUGAGGGUGGGCUUCGUUGAACUCUUCUGUCAGGGCCUUGAUACACGGGACACUCAACUGAAGCAAACACUCUGGAAAGUACUAUAUAUAUAUAUAUAUAUAUAUGUGUGUGUGUGUGUGUGUGAAUCAGGUCCUUUAAAACACGUUUCUGUGGUGGUGUUGUUAUUUAUGGAAGCUGAAAAGCUCUCAGUAAUAUCGGGAACGGUUUGUCUUUUUUUCUCUCGAUUGCACGUGGGUUCAUUUUACAUUCGAUCUUCUUUAUGCUUAUGCUUGAGGGAAAUUAUUCUGACACCAAAGCAAAACACAAACAUCGCUUCCCCAAUGCGUUUCCACCUUGUGCAGCCACACCCACCUGGUGCUGCGUGUGUCUUGAGCGUCACGUUGAACUGCAUUAGCGACUGUUGUUUAGGUCAGGUUAUUGCAUGGAAUGCCAACCUUCUAUAUUGAUGAAUGUGUAACAAAGUGAUCCCAUGCCCAAAACCAUCAACUGUUUAAGUGGCUACCACUGGCCUCGCCGUAGUAUUAAUGAUCUGUCCAAACUUGGGAGAUAGUGUUAUUGACUUUGGUCAUAGCUGGCAGGAUCCUGUUGCUUAAUUCAUGGUGCCCCAUCUGCCCCUUGGACCUGGGAACCACGAAAACAUUUCCCAAACAUUAACUAGGUGACUAGGUGACAGUCCUAGAUUAAGUUCAUGCUCCCUAUGGAAACAUGAAUUGGGAUUGCUGCUGGGUUGCUUUCCGUGCAUGAGUCAGAAGAGAGACGGCACUUUCAACAGAUGAAUCCCAGCUUACUAAAUAACUUACAGAUAACUGGCUUUUGGAGAUGAAAAGAUCUUGUUGUUCUGCAGUUGACUUCUUUUUGCACGGCAGCUUUGUGUUGACAUGACCACUGAUAGCUUGAUGAAGAAAAUGAUGUAGUAGUUGUUUAUUUCUUAACACAUUUCUGUUUCUAACUAAUCAAUUAACACUUGUGUUAAUAUCAUUUCCAGAGAUGUAAUUACAUAGGAUUGAUCAAGCUGGCAAUUAUCAGGUUGAGAGGGGGCGAUGAAACAGGACAUCACUGGUGUCCAGGCCUGUACAUGCACUUAGAAGUGUACCAAUUAUUGCCCCAUCGCCCCUGUAGAUGCCAAACAUCUGCUUCAUAGUCAUGCACUAGUGGACAGUGGUUGUGUUAGAAGUUGUUGAUUCCCCAUCUUCAUGGUUGUAUACUUGGUGGUGAUUUCCAAAAUGUAUUUGAUAACAAUCAUUUUGGAAUGAUAACAAAAGCUACCAAUUUUUCAAAACUAGUUGGACCAUCCAGAGAGAGUCACCUCUGCAUUGUAACACAACUUGUAUGUGUUGUGACAUUGCAACAUGUCUCGAGACAUUGUUCCCCCGAGAGGAAAUCCUUCUCUGAGUGAUUUUAAUAAAUGAUGCUGUUGGUUUUCCUUUGUGGAAGAGAGCAUACCAAGGUGACCUGGUUUAAAUAGACUUCUAUUUGUGUAGAAUAGGCCCGGCCAAAUGUGUUUGUACGGGAAGGCAUUUCAUUUGAAAUGAGAAUUAUGUUCAUCUGUAAUAGUGUAUUUCUGCUUUCCACCUCACAGCCACGCUGUGCACGUAGACAGUAAUUUGCAUCUUCCUCCUACACCUCGGUUGGAACCAACGGCAACAUUCUCCUUCAGCGGCAGCACCAGAGAGACUCGUUUCAGUUCCGGACCUCCUGCUGCCGCUGUUGCGGCACUGACAGCUCUUCGUUUGGCUCAGAUUGAAACUCGGGCCCAGAUUACUCUCCUGCAACUUGCGACACUAGCAACGUUAACGUCCAGGAACCAGCUGUACACCAGCACAAGUUUGACUGCUGUGUUGCCGCCUCAUUUGACACUCCCAGGCCUUCAAAAUAAACAACUGGCAUCAAGUGGACUUUCAAAAGUUUACAACAAUUCCUUCAGUUCAACUGCGCAAAACCUCGCCAUCACAAUGUACCGCCACCGGCCUCCACAGCCUGGAUCUCAGCCUUUCUCCACUGGACCCCGACCUCCUCGCCCACCGCAUCAACAUCGAGGACCUGCGCCAAAUAUCCGGGGGCCGCCAAUGAACUUUCAGUUUCCUCGCCCCACCCAGCUGCCAAAAGAACUGGAGUCUGCGCUGACUAUUCAAGGCUCCAGGGAUAUGGACCAUCGGACCAUGGAUCACAGGAACAUGCCAAAUCAACAUCAGACUCCAGGGAUUGGUCAAGGUUAUAGCACUAAUCCAAUGACUUCUGACAAUCGAUCUGAUCAACACCAUGGAGCGGACUGGUCGAAAUAUCAACCUCCAAAUAAACUUUUUGCUGGUUCUCACCCAAAUGCUGAUCGUGAAAUUGAGAACCGGGCACCCGUGACCGCAAACAAUCCAAACUGGAGUGGCAUUUCAAAUGAGUCACAGCCACGCAGUACUACGGCUGAUGCUCCCGGAUUGUACACGUCUGAAAGCGCAGGUAGCAUCUUGGCAAGCUUUGGCCUUUCCAAUGAGGACUUGGAAGUGCUUAGUCAUUACCCAGAUGAUCAGCUGACCCCAGAUACGCUACCGUUCAUACUCCGUGACAUCCAAAUCAACAAGUCAGCUCCGAAAACUUCGACUUCCAACGCCUCGUCUUCGUUCUCAAGCUGCAAUUCUGAUGCAAAGCAGCGGUCAACGCUACCGUCACCAAUUGGACAUUCAAAUCAAGAAGUUCCAAGUCUCUUGACUGUUACACAGACGGCUGGCAAAGUAAUCGACUAUGGUCAUGCAAGUCGGGCCGAUGAGGAAUGUGAGACCAGAACUGCUUUUAAAAGAGAGCAACUGUCUGGUGAAAGAGUCGUCAAAAUCCUCCCUUCAUCGCCACCUCGGAAAGUGGAGAAGCCUGAUAGCCGACUUGUUCAGGUGGAGCGCACAGAGUGUGGUGACAAGGACUACCGCAAGUUAAGUACUGAAGACCGCAAAAGCAGUCAGUCGCCAGAAAUGGACUCCCAACCAAAACGUAACCUGGAUCGUGACUACAGGAGAGAACGCCCAACGGCAAGGACUUCGUCUGAGACUAGGAGCGAGUCGUCGUCAUCAAAACGUUCUUCCUCAUCAAUGACUGGUGUGAAAUCGCACACCAGCAGCAAGAAGUUGCCGACAGCCGCCAUGAUCGCUGAUUUCUCAGCUCAGACUCCAAAGGUGUUUCCCUAUACCUGCUCCCUCUGCCACAUGCAGUGUGAUCAGGAGAAGGUAAGUGCUCACGCGCCCUUGAAGCCAGUCAAUCCUUCUAAUUCCAGGAGUUGUUCGCUCUGCAUAACUGCAUCUGUCUCCGGUAUGUUGGUUAAUGUGUCAAGAACCGUGUCUCCUACAAUAUCUCCAUGGGCAUCCGUCAUGCCCAAUUUAUGUCGAUAUAUUGACUUACCCAGUAUUUUGGCGAACGAGGUGACCUGUAUCUCGCUACAUUCGGUCGAAAAGAAAUCCAGCUGGAUCUCUGGAUCUGGACUGUAUAGAUUGUCCCCUCGCCUCUUAACCUGAGUUGCUGAAACAUCAGUGUGGAAGUGGUGCAGUGAUGACAGAACUCUUGGCUACACCCAGAACAACCAUAAUGUUUUUUUCUGGCUUAUAUUUCUUGAAAAUCUGCGUCCGUAACCACGGUGUCAUUUACUUUCCUUUUUCAUAGGUGGUUUGGUUAUGCCAUAUGCAUCAUGUGAUGAAGCUCCAAUUGGUGACUGAAAAAAUGUUACCUGGCAAAGGAACUCUAUGGGACUGGGACAACCAUCUGAACACUGUCAAUCACACUGCCGCCUGCAGAGAGCUGCGCAACAAGUACCCACAGUGGAAGCCUUAUCCAUCAAGGUCCGACGACUCUUAUCACGAGCGCUACACCAGACACAGUUCAGCCUCCCGAUCUCGCUCGCGGUCCCCUGUCCAUGGUUCUCAUAGCAAAUACCGGCCGAGGCCUCAUUACUAUAAGUCUUAUAGGAGGUCCCACUCGCCUCACUCGCCUCACCACCACCACCACCACCACUACCACCACAGCUACCCAGCAUCUGUGUGUCAUGUUGCAGAGGAAUCCUCUUAUCGCUCAGCCCGGCGCCCGCAUGAUUACAGCAGCAAACACUACUCCAACGACCGUGACGAUGGGCCCAUCAGACACAGCCCCUCAUCGUCGUCCCACAGAACCAGCAGCCCUGAGAGCAAGGUGUUUAAGACCAGCAGUGGGCUUACCUGCAAGCCUCCACCAGCCAAGAAGAAGAAGAAGGUGGCCAGCCCUUCGUCUCAAGAGGUGGAAUGUCUGCUUUAUCUCACCGGGAUUCCGCUGGACGCCACAGAGGAGGACGUGACAGAGCUGGUGGGCUCAUACGGCGUCAUCAACAAUGUGCUUCUGCUGCCUUGCACUGAGGAGGAGAGGCAGCGAGGCGAAGGGCAGAAGGCUUCUGUGUGCAUGGUGAGGGGGGAAGACGCCCGCACUUUGGCACAGUCGACCAACUUGUUCAUCAGAGAGAUGCCGAUCACUGUCGCACAAGCGAAGGUACCUGAGAAGGGGAGCUUUGAUGCCGAUAACAGCACGGCAGCCGAGAAACCAGGUAGUGAGGAGGCUGAUUUGGAUAAACAGAAGGCCGUGAUGCUGAUCACAGGGCUGCCGGAGGGCCUCUGGUCCAAGAGUGACAUCCUGCAGCUGAUCCAGCCUUUUGGGUCGCCCUCUGACAUCAUUGAGGCCAAAACACUUGGAAAGGCGUUGGUGUCGGUGCCCAAUUUGGAGAUUGCGGAAGAGAUUGAGAAGUUCCACAAUGUGAUGCCUGCAAAGAUCCACAAUACUGACAUCAAGAUUGUCCACCUCAAGUGGCAUCGACCAAUCGUCAGCAUGAAGACACCGAUGACUCUCUACAAUCUGCUGAUGGGACGGCCGAACCCUUUGUUUGGCGACCAUGCUGUGACCGGCAGGAAUCGACUCCUGGUCAUCAGCAAUGUUCCCACCUCUGGACACCUUGAAGUGGAGAAGCUUGUCCGGCGGUUCGGCACUGUGAUCAAGACGCUGCCACUGCACGAUGUGUUAAUCUGCGAGAUGGCAUCAGUCAAAAUGGCUGUGUCCGUCUUCGUGCGCUUCAAGAAUUUCCCCUGCAUCCUCCAGAACAACCCACUUUCCUUCACGAGAUGCCUUGAACCCAAAAUCAUCACAGACCCGAAGGAGGAGAAGAAAACAGCAAAGACGAAGACUGUGAAGAAAAAAACAGAUCCUGCGGUCAAAGCUGUUGCGUCUGAUGAAAAUGAGGCGCAGGACGACGAAACAAUUCAGGAGGACAAGCUGGAGGAAAUAUCAUCCGCUGCUCCAGAUAAAGAGGUGGAAGUCUCUGACAUCCCAGAGGACGUGCAGGAGCACACGAGUCCUUCCAAUGAUACUGAAGCGCCCCCUGGUGGAGAGAAGCCGGACACACCGGUGGAAAUGAGGGGAGCAGCGGCUGUAGCAGAAAGCAAUACUGAGAAGAAUGAGGUGACGGAAAGUAAGGAGGAGAUACAAAGUGAGGUCAAACAAGGGAUGAAACCAGGUGAGGUGAAAGAGGACGAGAAGCGGGCUGCAAUAAAAGAGGGAAAAGAAAGCCUGGCCAUUGAAGAGAAACAAGAUGCGGCAAAAGAGAAGGAGGAAAAGCGGUUAAAGGAUGCUAGGGAUCGAAAGGAGAAGGAGGCCAGGGACAGAAGAAUUAAAGAGAGGGAUCGGGAAGCCAGAGAAAAGGAAAGGAGGGAGAAGGAGAGAAGGACCAAAGAGGAGGAGAGGUUAAGAAGAGAGAAGGGGGAGAAAAUCCGACGAGAGAAAGAGAGGAGAGAGAUGGAGAGGAGGGACAAAGAACGGUGGGAGAGGAAGAGGUCGUAUGAAGACCAUCGGCAAUCCAGCACGCACAUCGGGAGAGAUGACGGCAGCAGAAGGAGGAGCAGCCCCAGGGUGGAAGAAGAGGAGCAGGAGGAGGACUUUCCCUUCGACCUGGGAGAUUUUGUUACCGUAGAUGAAGUAGGUGACGUGGGGGACCUCCCUGAGUCGCCUGCGAUGGUUGCCAUGGGAACCGAUGAUGCUGAGCCAAACGGGUUGCAGCAGGAUGGCAUGCAGGAAAGUGAGAAGGACAACAUGGUGACAUCUGAUCAACCUGCAGCCACUCUGGAGGCCAAGGAAGGAACCACCGCCUCAGGUUCAAUCCACGAUUGCUCCCUUCCUCCUGCAUCAUCACCUUCCCCUGCUCCACAACCUGAUUCCUCUCAAACUGAGGCUGCUAAAACGUCGACUUCCCAAGUCGAUCCCCCUCAAGAUGGACCUCCUCCAUCUCAAUCCUCCCAAGUUGUAUCUCUCCAAGAUGGACUUCCUCCAACUGGGACUCCUCAAGAUGAAUCCUCUCAAGAUGAACCGUCACAAAUUGAAAUUUCUCCUGCUGAGACUCCUGAAGUUGAACUUCCUGAAGAUGGACCUUCUCCAACUGGGACCCCGCAAAAUGAACCUUCCCAAACUGAACCAUCUCUAGUUGAACUUCCUCAAGUUGAGACUCCCGCAGAUGAACUUUCUUCUGCUCAGACUCCUCAAAUUGAACCAGCUCAAGUUGAACCACCUGAAGAUGAGUCUUCUGACCAACUAGGAGAAGAUCCUGAAACAGACCCGACUCCCUCGGAAAAGCUGCUUCCUACGCCACCUCAAGUGGGGGCUUCGCUCACAGAAGCUCCUGUGGCAGCCGAAGGAAAGAGCAAUAGCCAGGAGAAGGAGAUGUUCAAAGCAGAAGAUCAGACAGCACCUGAUACCAACUCUGCUCAAGCCCAGUCAGUGAAACCACCCGAGGAGCUCCACACCACAAAGGAGCCGAUUGCUGAGAAAGAGUCGAACGGCACAGCACCCUUGAAAUCCCUCCCGCCUUACAACCCUGCCACACCUGUUGGUUUGGAGUUCCUGGUUCCAAAGACAGGAUUCUUUUGUAAACCUUGCAACCGAUUCUUCACUGGAAACCGAGAGUUUGAAAUCACCCACUGCAAGAGCUUGAAACAUUACCAGAACCUGCAGGAGUUCCUGAAGCAUGUGACCUCCAGCUAAGCCGCCUAGACCACGUCCUUCAUCAUUUCUCUCCAAGGGUCCACAUUCUCCUUUUUUAUCGACUGGCUGUCAAAAUAUUUUGUCAUUUUAUGUCAUUUGGGAAGGACAGAAGUGUGUUUGGUAACUCAUGGUCACUGAUACAGACUUAAUAAAGUUGUUUUUCCUAUCUUCACGUCUCAUUCUCUGAAUUUCCUUUGAGUUGCUCAAACCGUUUUUGGCGCGUCCUUCCCUCAGUGGUCAGUUCAAGACUCUCAAACCAGACACACUAGCUUAAGAAAGGGUGCACCACUCACACCACAGCCAUGUCGCC